GUCCGUACCUAAGAUUCGAUACUCAAGUCUCAAGUUACAUAUACCUACCUGAAGCUUGGGUAUCUCGGGACAUCUCCACGCCUUUCAAUUGCGAGUAUCGAUCUUGGACCUGAACAGAUAUGGACGGUUGACCGCCUCUGCUCUGUCGGUGGCCUCAUGGCAGACCCAGCACUCCUCAACCGGAUCCAUGAACUGAGCGACCUGGAACUUGCUGCGUUGAUAUGCUUCAUUGCCCGGGAACAUUGCAUCAUCGAUACAGACCCGGACUCCAUAUACGAACUGCUUCAGGAGUUGGAGUUGGUUGCAGCGAACGUUUUCGGCCUAUCGCAUGCAGUAGUUGACUGCUCCGAGCAUAUCACAAUCGACGACUUCGCAAACGCAAUUCUUUCCCCGGAGGGCAGUCCUGCUCGAUCAAGCUCACCUGUGAGAACCCGACAGGACUCAUACUUUCUCCAUACUCCGGCCUUUCGGUCAAUCUCUCGGUCGCCUCUCUCUGAAGGUUUCGGGGAUAAUAAUGGGAUUGCCAAUGUAAUCAUUGCUAAGAAUCUUGACCAAGCACCCAGACAGGUCCAAAUUCAAGCCCUAGAGCUCAUGCGAACGAAACGGAUAUAUACGAGGACAUCGGUGCGAAAUGCCCCCAAACAAUUUCUGUUUAUUGCCUUGCUAUCAGGUGGAAGGGGUCCAAAAUUAACCAAGCAUCUGAAUGAUCAUAUGUUCAUUUCGCAUUUUCACGGCCCUGAAGAUGGUUUCCCAAAUUUGGAAGAUAUGUAUGAUGACGGAAGUUCCAUCUCAUCGGUGGUCAAGAAGACUCCAACACCCGAGUCAGAAUCGCAAGCUUUGCCAAAGAUUUCAGCAGCGGAUAUCGAUCAGUUGGCUCAGCUGAGUGAUCUCACUACGGUCAGUGUGGAGGUAAAGCAAUACCAACAAAAUAUUGUUUCCUUUUUACGUCUUCACCGUGCAGUCGCCGGUGGCAUCUCUGCUGUCGCCACAAAUCACCUUGAUAAGCUUGCAAGGUGUCUCGCCCCACUUCACGGCCUUGGUUACACAACACCUUCGCUCAUUACUCUCGCUGCUAGAAAGAUAUACCAACACCGCAUUGCCGUGGUCAGCCCUGAAAAUGAACGUAGCAUGCAGUGGGGGAGCGAUAUCGAUGCUGUCGAGGUACUAUUGAAAGGUGUUUGUUCCGAUGAUAUUAUUGAAGACGUUCUGAACAGAUCAAGCAUUGAAGUUCUGUUAUAACAAGGCAGUACCUACCAACUUCGAAACCUUUACAAUUAUUCAGAUUGUGAGUAAAUGAACUCGAUUUUGAUGACUAGGCAUUUGCCUAGCAGGUGGUAAUAGUAUACACGAAUUUGAUGGAUGUGCUUCGUUCGAAAAGAGGUCUCCGUUUAUAGUGUUUCCAAAUAGUGGCUCAGCAACCUCUUCGGUUCUGCGAGGACGCUAGUCUUCCUUGCCUACCUACCUAUUGACC